AUGAACACCAUCAACAUGUCCCACACCCAGGUGGCCACCCCCACAGAACUGGACCCCAUGCCCCCCUGGAGGAAUCACCUUCCUCCAAGUUUCCUGGAGGUGGCUGCUUUGGAGGUCUGCAGCUCGGAGGUGGGAACUGCAAUCUUGGGCAACCUUGGAGACUGGCUGGAGGAGAGCCUGUUGAAGAUUCUCUGCAGGUUUGGUGUCUGCGAGUGUGAAGGGGGCAGUGCAAGGGCCCUCAGAAGUGAUGGACCACAAACUGACAAACCGGUGACACCACUUUCUCUCUGUAAUGACCACUGCUAUCCAGGCAAUCAAAAGAGAAAGAAGGAAGGGGAGCCAUUUUGCUGCUAUGAUUGUGUUCCAUGUCCAGAAGGGAAGAUUUCAGACCAGACAGACAUGGAUUCCUGUUCUCCUUGCCACCAAGAUCAGUAUCCAAACUGGAAGCAAAAUCAGUGCAUUCCCAAGGCAGUCAUCUUUUUGUCUCAUACAGAACCUUUGGGGAUCGGCUUAAUGGUUGUUGCUUAUUUCUUGUCUUUGAUCACAGUUUGGGUGCUGGGGACCUUUGUCAAGAACCACAACACUCCUAUCGUCAAAGCACAUAACCGGAACCUCAGCUAUACCCUCCUCAUCUCCCUCCUGCUCUGCUUCUUUUGUACUUUUCUCUUCCUUGGCCGUCCUGAGAAAAUGAUGUGUCUCCUCAGACAAAUUGCUUUCAGCAUUGUCUUCUCAGUGGCUGUGUCUUGCGUGCUGGCAAAAACCAUCGUUGUGGUUCUUGCGUUCAUGGCUACCAAACCAGGAAGCAGGAUAAGGAAAUGGGUCAGUAAAAGACUGGCCAACUCCAUUGUUCUUGUGUGUUCCCUUAUUCAGGCAGGCAUGUGUUGUGCGUGGCUGGCAACCUCUCCUCCCUUCCCAGAUGCCGAUAUGGACUCACAGAUGGAAGAAAUUGACCUGAAAUGUAAUGAGGGUUCUGUGGCUAUGUUUUACUGUAUCUUGGGCUACAUGGGCUUCCUGGCCCUGGUCAGCUUCACUAUGGCUUUCCUCGCUAGGAAGUUACCUGACAGCUUCAAUGAAGCCAAAUUUAUCACUUUCAGCAUGUUGGUCUUUUGCAGUGUUUGGUUAUCCUUUGUUCCAACCUACCUAAGCACCAAGGGAAAAUAUAUGGUAGCUGUAGAAAUGUUUUCUAUCCUAGCUUCUGGUGCAGGACUGCUGGGUUUCAUCUUCUUCCCUAAAUGUUACAUUAUUAUUCUGAGGCCUGAAAUUAACAAAAGAGAUCUGAUGAUGAGAAGAUAG